AUGGCGUACUACAAUUACUGGCAAGAUGAGUACGCAAGGCGGAAUACGAUGCAUACGAAGAUGGUGGAACAAGCGGGCGCGGAUAGGAAUUUGUUCCAAGGCAGUCCGUGGAGUCAUCAUAUCGAUCUGAAGUUUCCUGAGAUCUUUAACACUGGUUCUCCGUACAACAUCCCAGCUGGCCAUUCCGCUGAUCUUGGGGCAUUGAGAGCGCAUUACGAGAAAAAGAACGUGGAAGUAGAGGAAAAGAGAAUAGCGAAGCUGAAAGAGAUGGCAGGCGAGCGUGAGAUCUUACAGCGGAGGAAAGAAGUUGAAGAAGCACUACUAGCAGAUAAGAAAGCGCCAUCGAUACUGCAGUGGAUGGGGCUGCAGAGGCCGGAGUAG